AUGUCUGGUAUCAUUGCUGUCUACGCUCUCGUUAUCGCCGUUCUUAUUGCUGGAGACAUGGCGCCACCUCCCGAAUCUUACAGCUUGUUCACUGGUUUCAUGCAUCUUGCUGCUGGUCUAAGCGUGGGCCUUUCUGGUUUAGCCGCCGGAUACGCUAUUGGCAUAGUGGGAGAUAUGGGUGUCUUUACGGCCUGA